AUGGAUAACAGUACGUUACGUGACGCAUUAUUGCAUCGUGGUAUUAGUUUCGAGAAGCAGAUAGUCAAUAAAUUAUCUAAUGUGAUCGAUUGUACGGGAAAACCUCCAUCGAAAGCUCGUGAAAUUUUACGAACUGCUAACGUAGGAGAUAUUCUUUAUCAAUUAAAAAUGGAAGUAUCCGAUAAAUUUCAUGAAGAAUUGGGUAUAAAGGAUAUUGUAAGGUUGAAACCUUUUAUCCCUGAUUUCAUCAAAGUAGUGGAAGAGGAUGGUGAAAAACGUUUAAUGAUAUUAGAUGCUAAAGCCUCAAAAGAUGCACGCGUUUCACAUCAGUUCCAAGUUGCAUCAUAUGCAUAUUUAUUAAAUUAUGUUCUUCGAAGAAUUCGUGGCCUAGAAGUAUCACGUACAGGAGGGAUUUAUCUACCACCAUUUGAAUUACAAACUUUUCGUAUGGAUUUUUUACUUCCCAAAAUUGAUAGAUUCUUUCGUAUAGAACUUCCUCGUAUAAUCUCAGCAUCAUCAGUUCCAUGGCAUUAUAAUGCUAGAUGUAAAACUUGUGAAUUUGUGAAUGAUUGUCGUAAAGACGCAGAUGGUACAAUGUCAAUGAUACCUUAUUUAUCUGUAGAAAAAGCGGCAGAUUUAAAAAUGUUUGUUCAAGAUUGGAAAGUUGGAGAUACUUUAAUACAGGAAGCUGAUAAUAGUAUUGAUCAAAAUAAAAAAGUUGAUAAUGAAGCAGAUAUUGAAGACUUGGCUCGUUAUUUUGAUACUUUAAAUAUUAAUUUUUCAAAGGAUGAAAAUACAAACAAUCCUAAUUUUUUAAUAGAUCGAAAAAUAAAACAAAUCGUGAAAUAUGAUUACGAUAUCAAAAAAUCACCUUACCUCGAAGCUUUUGAAACACGAAAGGCUCAAUUCAUUGGCAUUCCUACGACAACUUUUCCACAAAAAACCGAUCACAAUCUUGUAAUUUCAAUGUCUUUGGAUCCUUUUACCUGCCAUCCUUUUGCAUGGGGUAUAUGCUUAUUCUCUAGUGACGGGAAAGUGGUAAAAAACUUUCAACAUUCGGAAUCUAUCUCCAAACUAAAAGAGGAUGAAACACAUGCAACAUUUGUUUCAUUAAUUGAUAAAUUUGUUACUCGUUUGGAAAAAGCUUUUGAGUAUCUUUCAAGAAAAAAAUCAUGUGCUUGCGUAUUCGUAUUUUCAGAACAAGAAAAAAUAAUUAUUCAAGAUUCAUUGCUGGAAAUUAUUUCAUUAGACCCUGAUACAAUAUCAGCCGCCACUCAGCAUACUGCUGCUAGAUGCCUUUUUAAUCUUUUUGAAGAUUGUUCAAUGUUAUUGGUAUCUGGUAAUCAUUCAGAAGGAAGUGUUACUGAAUUACCUAAUGAAUGGCGAGAAUUUCCACGAUUAGUAAUUUUAGAGGAUGCGAUUAGGGAAAAUAUUGCAAUGUACGUACCUGGAUUCUAUCGUUUUCAAGAUAUAUGGGAACAAAUGGUUAGAGACACAAUUAAAGAUGAAGAUCUUCAUAAUACAUUGGAUUCAGAAAUAAAUUCAAUUGAUCUUGAAGAUAUUUAUGCAAUUUGGGUUUCAUCAUCAGAAGUUGCGGAGUAUGAAAUUAAUAACGCUCAUAAAUUUCGAACGUAUUUUGAAAACGCUGUUAUUCAAGCAUAUUAUGAACUACUGGCACAUUCACAAUAUGAUAUUAAAUCAAAACUACUUUUUUCACCACCACCGUUUAAUUUUACUGAAGUGAGAGCAUUUAGACAUCAUUAUUUAGGAAAAUUAUAUUUUUUCAAACAAUUUGAAGCUGUUACAUCAUGUUCUCAACAAAGAUAUGGUCGAAUUAAAGAUUUUAUUUAUGGGGAUGUGUUUUCAGGAUUAAGAUUAAAACUUGAUAAAUUUUUAAAGAAAGAAGGGAGUGAAUGGGUUGCAAGUUUUGAAAUUUUGAGUGGUGGAAAUGAAGUAGGAACAUUUGAAUCUAAAACUUUUAAAGAAUUUAUUUUAGUAGAUGAUUCUCAAGAGGGAGUUAUGGAAGCAAUUCGUUUUCCUGACAUGAAAUUUCAAGAUAAAUUUUAUGGAUUUCCACUCUCCGUGUUAUCCAUAGUGGGUGUAAACGAAAACGAUCCACUACAUAGAUUUAUACACUUGAAAGGAAUAUAUAAAAAAAACAUGAAAGCUGAUUCAUCAUCAAUUUAUAGACUUUAUAAGCGAUAUUUAGAUUUUAAUCUUAAUAAAGUUUUGAAAAUGUUGGUGGAAAUAGAUGAAAGAGAAGAUGAACGAUCAGUUUUUUUGGAUGUUCUUAAAGAUCCUAAUAAAUGGGGAUCUAGUUUAUCAUUAGAAAAUGAAUCGAAAGAAAUAAAAUCCAUGGCAUUAGAAUUACGAGAUUUAUUUGGAAUGUCGCCAUCACAAAAAAAUAUAUCAGCAAAAUUAUUAGAUCGACGAUUACAGAUUGUGUGGGGACCUCCAGGAUCCGGGAAAACUCACUUUUUGGCAUUAUUCUUGACGUGGUAUUUGACAUCUUUACGACCAAAACCAACCGACAAUAAUAAAAACUUUUUAGUAGGAAUUACAGCAUUUACACGAGCAGCAAUUGAUAACCUUAUGAACAGAAUUUUUAAAGUGCAGAAAGAAAAACAUAAAACAAGUGACUUUAGUUUGAUUCGACUAGUAAAAGAUGUUAGAAAAGAACUCACGGAUGGAAUGUGUGAAUGUAAAGCAGAAACUUUACCUAAAAAGAUUAAUGAUGUAAAAAUCGGAAUUCCAGGAAAUCCUAUUAUUAUUGGUGGUACAGUUUGGGAUUGGUAUAAAGUGCGUAAUGAAUGGAAAAAUGAUUGGAAAGGAUGUGACAUUAUGAUUAUUGAUGAAGGAUCACAGUUAUUGGUAUCAGAUGCGUGCAUUGCAUUAGAAUGUUUGAAUCAAGAUCGUGGAAGAUUGAUUGUAGCGGGAGAUCAUAUGCAGUGUUUGAUGCGAAGAGAGAAUGGAUCUGUAUUUAAGGAAGAAGAUUUCUUUUUAAAACAAGGACAAAAACACAAUUUUGGGCCUUCUACAAUUCAACUUCCAGAUAAUUGGAGAAUGAAUGAGGAAUUGAAUAAUUUCUUUCAAAAGAUUUAUGGAGAUGAUUACAAAUCAACUCAACCUAUGUUGAAAUUGGAUUUCGCGGAUCCAAAAUUAAAACAUAUCGAUAACUUACAUAUAAAAAAUUCAUUAUCUCCUGAUAAGGCAAUAGUCAUGGUAAAGAUCUCGUUGACUGAUUAUGAACCUCCGAAAGAUUUUAGGUAUCCGGCAUCUGGUUUGCUUUCAGAACAGUUUUUGCGGACAGAGGCAGACGUUGUGUCACAAAUAGUAACGGCAUAUUUCGAUUCUCCAAAGAAAAAACGUCCACAAUCUAUAAUUCCUUCAUUGUUCGUUGUGACACCUCAUCAUCGACAACGUCAUGCUAUUAAAUCGAGACUUCAGAAAUAUAUAACUGAUUCGAGUGUAAACUUGCAAAUUAAUACAGUAGAAAAGAUGCAAGGACAAGAAGCUGAUAUUGUUAUUGCAUGUUUUGGAUUUUUAGAUGUUAAUGAGAUCUCACGAGAAUUUGAAUUCCUAUUCGAUCGUAAUAGAUGGAAUGUCGCGAUUAGUAGGGCAAAAUGUAAAGUUAUAGUAAUCACUACAGAUGAGAUGUUAUACCCUCGAGGAAUGGAAAUAUUUGCUAACAAGAAAACAAGCGAAGGAUGGGUAUUCUUAAGUAUGAUUGAAAAAUGGGUACAAGAAGGAAAAGGUAAAAGAAAGAAAAAGAAUUCAGGAUUAAUUGAAUGGGUAGUUGGCAAUGAACCAUCAGCUAAAGAUAAUGAAACAAGUUCAAAUGAUGCCACAACAAUUUGA